CAUCCGGUGGGAGUUUCCGUAGUUUCCGCCCCGGAUACAACGCACGACGGAAAGUGCCACUCUCAAAUGUAACUGUAUCAGUGGUGUUGUUAAGUGACUUGUUUGGUGAUAUUGGUGCACAAAGCUUGGUUUAGUGAGGCAAGAGGCCAUGUCACGACCAGGCGUUGAUGAAGCGGAGAACAAGCAGCUGAUCAUUGAUUUCGAACUGGAUCAUCGAGCGAAGACAACAUGCUGCAAAAUAUCCGAGAACGCGCAUAUCUUAUCAAAUGAGCCCUCCUUAGCCUGUUAUCGGCUCCAAGAACAUGUACGCAAGUCGCUGGUACCGCUUGCGGAGCGACGCAUUCAGAUGAAUGAUGCAAGAAGGGAUCUCCAAGGAAAAUGCUACGACCUUGAAUAUUCCAUAUCAGCUGUUCGAUCUUUUCAGCAAAGCGCACAACAUUUAUCUAACGUGCAGGAUUUAAUGAAGAACGCUAUAUUUAUGAAACAGCAACUCAUUCAUAGCGAGGCCCAGACCAGCCCUGCACCUACCAAGAGAGCAUCAAAGAUACAUCGUUUCUCCGGCUCGUUUGAUUUGCCGAAUUCAUUCUUGCCCUCUGGACUGAGCACAUCCUUGUCUGUAGGAUCGGACAUAAAAUCUUCGCCGGUCUCUCUCCGAUCCACAUCGUCAUCUCCAAGGCGGCCACGCACUUCAUCCGUCUCAUCCUCACACUCUUCCAAAGUUCUGAGCAGUACUCCCGCUAAAUGAGAAGCCGAAAGUUUCGUGGAUUGCUUCCCCUUAAAAAAAAAAGAAUAUGAUGUCUCACUUAUUUUGAGGAGAGGAGGAAAAAUUAUGCUACAUAUCCUAGUUCACAUUUAUUGCCUCAAUGUGUCAUUGGUCCUCAUCAUAGUAUCUCGUUCCUAUUUUUGUUCACAAGUGGCCUAUAAAAGCAGUUUCAGUGUUAAUACUAAUUGCUAUUGGUCAAUCAUGGGAUAAGUUAGAAUGGAAGGAAACCGUUAUUCAUAGCGACCCAUUGUGGUCUGCUGAUGAAUGCUGGCUGGCAAACUGAUAUACUCACCUUCGCGGGCAGGUCACAAGUAAGUUUACCACCAUGGUGGCAUGCAUUGAAAAUACUGUAUAAAUCGACAGGUUAUCAAAAUCCUUGUAUUUUUGGUGGCCGCAUACACGACUCACAGUGACAGAAGGCUAACUCAAAGUUCAGAAUCCAUACUUGCACCUAUUCACAGGAUACCUUGGAGUUACAGAUGACCAUACAAGUACUUUGCACAUUUUGUAGACUCAUUGUAAUGCAUUAACAAGUAGCAGAGAUCAGCUCUCUUUCGGUGUUCUUCUCCGCGGUAAUAAAAAAACAAAUCCAUAAAUAUGUCAUCGCAUGCAGGUUCAUGCAAGUGCUCCAGCACAGAUCAUUUUUGAUACUUCCUUGUCAGGCCAUUACCGACUCAUCUCCACAGGAUGCUGAAUGAAACAUUCUGACGAGCCACUCCAUACAGCAUUUUAAAUUAUUUUUCUAAAAAGUGCCACGCCUCUGCGAACACCACAACCCGCCUUCCAGCAGCGCGUGGCACACUUUACGAGGCAGAACAAAUGAUACAACGAGCAAGGAAGGAAAAAAAAAGAGAA